AUGGCAAUGUCAGCUGCACCCGGUCCAUCACACGAGUUCGAGUUUGACCAUGAGGUUGAUGAUGAUUCUGAUCUAGUUUUUCCCCCUAAUUUCGAUCCUGACCAUGAUAUCGAGUUUAUUCACAUGGACCAGCCCUUAGAGGCGCCCGUAGCUCCUAUUGAUCUGUUGUUUGACAUUCCUACUGAUUUUGACAUGGAUCUUGUUGACCCUGAGCCCGUCAUGGCCCCAGAGCCUGUUGUUGACCGUAGCCCUGUUCUUGAUGAUGCCCCAGCCGUUGCACCGCCUGAUAUGGGCGCACCAGCCAUUGCACCAUUUGUUGAUGAUAUGCCCAUUACUGACCUACCCAUUGUUGCUCCACCAGCGGUGGAUGAUCCUGUUGUUGAUGCACCUAUACCUGAUCCCGUACCGGCUUUGAUUGACCGUGCACCAUUCGCCGCACACAUAGAUCCUCGUUAUGCCGACACCCGCAAUGGGUGGAUCGAGGAUGAUCACGAUUACCCACCGUUUGUGCUACCUGUCACUCCUCCCGUAGCACCUGUUUCUGCACCCCCUGAUAUUCCAUUUUUUCCCCCACACACCACAGACGCCCACCGUACCGAUCUUCCCAUUACGUUCCUCCAGGACAUACCACCACCUCGUCCUGAAGAGGGGUCAUCAAGGCAGCCACCUGUUUCUGUUCCACCUGUGCCAUCAUCUUUUCCAUUCAUGCUCCAAUGA